CUGAACUACUAUUUAUUGUGGUCAUUUUUCUUUUCAUAAUCCAGCUGUAAAUACAGAUGUUUGCUGUUCAUUUGGACCUAAUCCUCCUUGAACCUAGCUGCUAUUUGUUUUCAGGGAUGCAACCAAACGGGAAAUGACGUGAUCUGUGUCGGCACUAUUUCGCCACCUUCUGCUGGUUAUGUGCAUUCAUUCAGUGUAGUAUCGUUUUGUUAUCAUGCUCCCCUGCUGCAGCUGCUGAGUGGUACAGACGCCUGGAGGCAACCGGAGGAGGUUGAGCAACAUGAGUUCUCAAGACGAACUGUCCCACGAGUGGAUGGACAGCUUUGGGAACGCCACAGACAAUGACUGCUCUCAAAGGAAGGAGAGGACUGGUUUGGAUGAAUACAGGCGCCCUCUGGGAGACGACUGCGACACCUUGGGGCCGUCGUUCGUGGACACUGCGCAGCUCUUCCCACUCAUGGAGACCAAGCUGUACAAGCGGCGGUGGGCGAUGCUGUUCGUCUUCUGCUGCUACUCCAUGAGCAACGCCUUCAUGUGGCUGCAGUACGGCAUCAUCAGCAACAUCUUCAUGCGCUUCUACAGCAUCGACUCCUUGGCCAUCGACUGGCUCUCCAUGAUCUACUUCCUCACCUACAUCCCCCUCAUCCUGCCGGUCAUGUGGCUGCUGGACAGUCGGGGCAUCAGGGACGUUGUGGUGGUGGGCUCGGCCUUCAACUGCAUCGGGGCCUGGAUCAAGAUGAGCACGGCCGACCCCAACAUGUUCGCCAUGACCUUCUUCGGGCAGUUUGUGUGUUCGGUGGCCACGGUUUAUAUCCUGGGGAUCCCGUCCAGACUUGCGUCGUUGUGGUUUGGGCAGCAGGAGGUGUCCACCGCCUGUUCCAUUGGCGUUCUGGGGAACCAGGUGUGUCUUUAUUUAGCUGCUGGGCUGAAAAAAGAGGUCUUUGGCAGUGUGUGCAUGGUGUGCUUUGCAGAUCAUCUGAAUGAGCCAAAACACAGGCAGGUCCAUAUUAUGUCAUGUCAGCGUCUGACAUCUGGAUGUGUGAAUGAGUCUCUCUGCUCAUGUGAAUUGUGUUUCUUGUUGAGGCAGCAGGUUUAACAGAAUUAAUCACCUUC